CGGGGAUGGCGGAGGCCGCGGCUGCGGCGGCUCCGGGACGAGCAGGAGGAGCCUGGGAAGCGCUGUGAAAUGGGCCGGCUCCUAAGUCAGCCGGGAGGACACUUACUACAGCUGCUCAAAAGCACCACUGGAAGCUCAGCAGAUGUGGGUGCCCCAGCCAGCAGCAAAGAGGGGUGCAGGGAAGCCACAGAGAAGCCCCUUCUGAUGCCCCAAGGAGCAAGCCAACCCUUACCAGGCUCCAGGAACACCACAAAGCAAUAUGAAACCUGUUCAUGAGAGGAGUCAGGAAUGCCUUCCACCAAAGAAACGAGACCUCCCCGUGACCAGCGAGGAUAUGGGGAGAACUACCAGCUGCUCCACUAACCACACACCUUCCAGUGAAGCUUCUGAAUGGUCCCAAGGGGUUGUGGUGGCCGGGCAGAGCCAGGCAGGAGCCAGAGUCAGCCUGGGGGGUGAUGGAGCUGAGGCCAUCACCGGUCUGACAGUGGACCAGUAUGGCAUGCUGUAUAAGGUGGCUGUGCCACCUGCCACCUUCUCACCAACUGGCCUCCCUUCUGUGGUGAAUAUGAGCCCCUUGCCUCCCACAUUUAAUGUAGCGUCUUCACUGAUUCAACAUCCAGGAAUCCAUUACCCACCAAUCCACUAUGCUCAGCUCCCAUCCACCUCGCUGCAGUUUAUUGGGUCUCCUUAUAGCCUUCCCUAUGCUGUGCCACCUAAUUUCCUACCGAGUCCCCUCCUUUCUCCUUCUGCCAACCUUGCCACAUCUCACCUUCCACACUUUGUGCCAUAUGCCUCACUUCUGGCAGAAGGAGCCACUCCUCCCCCACAGGCUUCAUCGCCUGCCCACUCUUUUAACAAAGCCCCCUCAGCCACCUCCCCACCUGGGCAGAUGCCACAUCACUCAAGUACUCAGCCACUGGACCUUGCUCCAGGCCGGAUGCCCAUUUAUUAUCAGAUGUCCAGGCUACCUGCUGGGUAUACCUUGCAUGAAACCCCUCCAGCAGGUUCCAGCCCAGUUCUUAUGCCUCAGGAGGGUCAGCCUGCUCUGGAAGCAGCUGCUGCCAAUGGAGGACAGAGACAACGAGAACGAAAUAUAGUAAGACGGGAAAGUGAAGCCCUUGACUCCCCCAACACCAAGGGCGAAGGCCAGGGACUGGUGCCAGUUGUAGAAUGUGUGGUGGAUGGACAGCUGUUUUCAGGUUCUCAGACUCCACGGGUAGAGGUGGCGGCGCCAGCACACCGAGGGACCCCAGACACUGACCUUGAGGUCCAGCGGGUGGUUGGCGCUUUAGCGUCUCAGGACUAUCGUGUGGUGGCAGCUCAGAGGAAGGAUGAACCCAGUCCCCUCAACCUGUCCCAUCAUACCCCUGACCAUCAGGGUGAGGGGCGAGGGUCAGCCAGGAACCCGACAGAGCUGCCAGAAAAAAAUCAAACCCGUGGGUUCUACCCUCAGUCCCAUCAGGAACCAGUAAAACACAGACCUUUACCCAAAGCAAUGGUUGUAGCCAAUGGCAACCUGGUGCCCACUGGAACUGACCCAGGCCUGCUGCCCGUGGGCUCAGAGAUCCUGGUAGCAUCAAGUCUGGACAUGCAGGGCAGAGCCACUUUUCCAGACAAGGAGCCAACGCCACCCCCCAUUACCUCCUCCCACUUGCCCUCCCAUUUCAUGAAAGGCGCCAUCAUCCAGCUGGCUACAGGAGAGCUGAAGCGGGUGGAGGACCUCCAGACCCAGGAUUUUGUGCGCAGUGCCGAAGUGAGCGGGGGGCUGAAGAUUGACUCUAGCACAGUCGUGGACAUUCAGGAGAGCCAAUGGCCUGGAUUUGUCAUGCUGCAUUUUGUGGUUGGUGAGCAGCAGAGCAAAGUGAGCAUCGAGGUGCCCCCCGAGCACCCCUUCUUUGUAUAUGGCCAGGGUUGGUCCUCCUGCAGCCCUGGGCGGACUGCACAACUCUUCUCUCUGCCCUGCCAUCGGCUACAGGUGGGAGAUGUCUGCAUCUCUAUCAGUUUACAGAGCUUGAACAGUAACUCAGUUUCUCAGGCCAGCUGUGCUCCCCCAGCCCAGCUGGGUCACCCCCGAGAAAGGCCUGAGAGGACAGUCUUGGGACCCAGAGAGCUAUGUGACAGUGAGGGGAAGAGCCAGCUGGCAGGAGAGGGCUCCCGUGUGGUAGAGCCCUCCCAGCCUGAGCCUGGUGCUCAGGCCUGCUGGCCAGCCCCGAACUUCCAAAGAUAUAGCAUGCAAGGGGAGGAGGCACGGGCUGCGCUGCUCCGUCCCUCUUUCAUUCCACAGGAGGUAAAGCUGUCCAUUGAAGGACGUUCCAAUGCGGGAAAAUGAACCUCUUUCCCAGACCAAGACUGGGGCUUUACCCCAGAGCUAAGCCUCACUGUGAGCAGGCAGAGGAUUUGCACACAACGAGCAGGGAAUGGCUCUCCUGGCAGUGAGAUUUGGGGGGAAAGAGGAGGCAUGAAGUCAGCCUCCCAAGGCAGAAUCUGUUGCUUAUUACCCCAUGGCAUCCUUUCUGGACAGCCCCAGAGGGUACUGUGCAGGGGAGCAGCAGACCUGGGCCAUGGAAGGAAGGGGGUGCACAUAGGAUAAGAAACAUUCCAAAAUCAGGGCCUCCCUGUUCUUUCCUCCCCAUCCCUAGCUCCUGCAAGGGGAAGUCCAUGCUUUGGUAGCAGGUGGCAGGGGGAGGGAGUAUAGAAAGAGCCAAAAAUGAUGAUCCACAGCUUAUAGUAGCAGUUAAACUGUCAGAAGGUUUUUUUUCUUUUUUUGUGUGGAAGGGCAGGAGGCCCCAAGGUUGGAAAUAAGAGGGUUCCCACCCAGAACCCUUCUUGUGAGAGAUGUGCACUUUAAAGGGUGACUUUGUUACAGAUGUCUGGCUGGGUUUGUGGGGGGAGCACUCACCUAAGGACUCUGCUUGAUCCUCUGCAUCACAGCCCUUCCCCACCUCUCCUCACCAUUCCUCCUAUAAGGCUUUUAGCAGCUUGGGGGCAGGAGAGAGAGAAGCUCUUCCAGGGUUCAGAGUGAAGUACUGCCUUGCUGCAGACCCCGUCAGAGAACUUUGGGAGAAAGAUCUGAUAGCCAGGCUGUUGAGUUCCAGGCAGGCCUUCUGGAGUAGGAGCUGACCUCAUAAAGCUCCUCCAACUCAGCAUGCCAGACCUGCUUUGAAAUUUCACUGAAUCUUUAGUUGGUAAUGGUGACUUUUGAAAGAACCAGUGGACCCUUUUCUCUAGGCACCUACACCCCGCCUUUGUCUGUCUAUGUUGUGCCUAAGUGCCUGCGCUCCCCCUCCCCUCCUGCUGCCCUGACCUCUCUGCAUGGUGUCUUGACCUGGGCCUCCUUUGUAGCUGCACUGCCAUUCCUCUUCUGCAAAACUGGUUUUGUCCACUCUGACCAGGACCUCUAGAUUUUGGUGUGUAGGGGUCUCUCUGGUUUCCCCUUCAGCUGUAGUCUUUAUUUUUAAAAACUCAGUCAUGUCCCCUCCUCUUCCACUGCCAAACAGCUUGGUGGAGAAACAAGAAGGGAACUAUGCCCGGGCCAGGGCAAAUGACACCUGGCCAGGCAAUGCCCAUCCUGGCAUUUUUACACAGCCCCUCCCAUCCUGUUCUAUGGCAUCUCCAAGCCAUCCUCUCCUCCCACCAGCUCUAAGCAGAUGGAUAGUCUUGAUAACGUUUCAGUACCUGAAGAAGUUUCACCUUGUGGUGGUGCAUUCCUCUGCAAAGAGUAUUUGCAAUCUUAGUUGCAUUUGCCCCCUACAUGUCAAGCCCACGUUUUUUUCUUCAUACUUUCACAUCAGCUCAGACUGUGGGGUUCCACUGACAUUGGGAAUUAGGCUCCCCACUAGCUUUCAGGUGGGUGAGUGUUUUUUUGUUUUUUUGGGGGUCUUUAGACUCUUAAAGGCAACUCAGGGUAUUGUCCACCCAGCUCUCUGGUUAGGCUUCUCCCAGGGUAUGAUCCUUUAUAGAGGCCCAGCCUGUCACCAGGAGUCCAAACCUCUAAGGUCUGAUCUCUGCUGUGUCAAAGACUUAAGGCAAGUCUUUUGACCUCUCGCUCUUUCACUUCCUCCCCAGCUUCCACAUGGGGAUAAAUAAUCUUACCUACCUCCUGAGGGGAGGGGAAGUUCUGAGAAUGGAGUCAUUCUUAGUGUUCAGGUGCUAAAGGUUGUUCUCCUGGGGGUACAGAGGGACUGAAACUGGCUUGUUUGCUACAAGCCCUAUGCUUCAUGGUUUUAUUCCCUGAAAGCAAAUACCUAGUCACUCAGCCUUUGGGGAUCCAUCCACAGGAAUCUGCUGACCUGUGAGUACUUCAGUCUCCAGUUCAUGUCAGAACCAAACACAAACCUUGUACUGCAUUUGGGAUCUGCUUUCCCUUCUCUGUCCCCUGUUCUCUCUGAAUGCUGCUUUCUCUGGCUUGUUUCCUACAGUGGGGGCCUGUGGGGUUGAGUCUUGAGGAAUCCUCUCAGAUGAGAGCCUUGAGAGAGGGCCUCAUCUCUAGCUGUUUCAUGGCAGCUCAUUCCUAAGGCUUAUUGUUUGCAUGGGUUUCUUGCAAGCAUUCUUCCUCAUAGGAAGUCUCAUCAACUGAAUAUGGUGACAUGCACACAAUAGAUGCUCAAGAAGCAUCCACCAAGGACACCAACCAAGCUUCCUCAUUAUGGGAGCAAAGUUGUAUCUAAUCAGAUACCAGCCAAGUAGUUUAGGUCCAGCCAGGCAACUUCUGCUGAAUCCUGGAAAGGGAAAUUCUUAAGGAAUUUGGCAAGUUGGGCCCUUUCUGCUACUGUUCCUGUUGUGUCUCUUGCUAGUAAAGCAAUACUAGUAGCUCCCAUAAUAUGCCAUGCCUGUGUAACAUACUAAUACUCAAUUUUGCUGAGCUGCAAAGGUAUCUUUCAUAAAGUAUGGUCCCCCAGGAAAAGAAGGCCUGUGGUCGAAAUCUUGGUCAGAGCUGUGCAUCCCCCUUUCCUUUUCCCUCUGCUUCAAUCUUUUCUUCCAGGCAUGAGAAAUAAGAGUAACCUGUGGUGUGUCCAUUCUUCCUUACAGGAAUAUCCUAAGUUUGCAAGAGACGUGAGGGUGGUUUUGAGAGAGUGAACUUUUUAGUGGGGAUGUUGUCAGCUUUUUGGGAAUAAGCAAUUCCCAAACAAAGGCUAGAGCCAGUCCCUUGUCAUUGGUAGGACAUUCCCAGAGCUUAGGGAUAGAAAGAGGACGGCUCACUCUUUGGCACUGUAUAGAAAUGUCUGUACCAAUUCAGGAGAAGGGGAAUCCAGUAAAGGAUGGGUAAUAACCUAAGUCUUGAGUCGUCAUUCCUUUCAAGAUUACUGUACAUGGGGGCGGGGGUUGGUGUGGGCAAGGGGCUUUGGGAGUUAAGAGCUGAGUGUUGGUACCUGAGGGGAGGGGCCCCAGCACAUCCGGAGUGACCCUACACUCUUGGUCCUAGCUGGUGAUGACACCAAGGGCUUUGCUCUGUGCUGCUUUGCCACUGCUGCUGUCUGCUCAGUGUCCUGCCUGCUGUCCUCUGUAGUCUGGUCUUUCCAUGUCUUUGACCAUGUAGAUUCAAUCCAGGCAUUCUGUCAUUCUUACCUGUGCUGUGCCAGUGUUAUUUUAUGGCAAAGUCAUAUUGAACAGGGAUGGUAUGAAAUACUGCUGGUGGGCUGGCAAAUCCAAAGGGGUUCGGCUUCAGUGCUGUCAAGAGCCCUUUGACUCCAAAUGUCUAUCUUGAGGGAGACAAGUAGGUCCUAAUAGUGUGUGUUUUCUGUAGUAAUUUCUUUCCUUUAUGGUAUCUUGUAUCCUGUUUUAAAGACUAAAUGAAGGGGAAAUUAGGGCCAUAUCCCAGCAAGGUUCAUCUAGUUCCAGUGACAUGGACUUUGGAGUUGGGAGAGGGCUUGAAGUUCAGCUGAAAUAGCUCUUCAAGUAGGAUUUAAUUUUAUUUUUAUCAGUGAACAUCAUAAGUGGUUUAAGGGGAAGCACAGGAUAGUGGUGUGAUUUAGACCUACAACGAGCAGGCAUAUUGAAGAGUUUAGUUUUCACACUGGAGGUGAAAGUGGACAUGGGUUGGCUUACAAAGGGCCUGGCUCCAUUGGAGUAAAGAUAACCUGAAUAAUUGAAUUGGCUGUGGGAGAUUAGUCAUAUAAACAAAGUAAAUAGGACAGAGGCCAAAUUUUAGGGCGACAUCUUGGCCUCCUCCAACUAAGUUUACUAAACCACACUGAAGCUACAGUACCUUCCAAAUGGGAAAAAGUGUACACUACAGUUGAAGAGCUGAACCUUAGGAGGUUGAAUAUUGAUCAGGAACCUAUUAGCCCUUUGCUGGGAAGCCUUCACCCUCCAGCUGCCUGGAGUAGGGAAGGUCUCCCACAUUAUGCAAUAAUAAAAUAAGCAUCUGGGUCUUUGCAGCUGUCAGUUGCUCUUUCAACUCUAGGAUCCUUCUUUGGACCAGAAGCCUAGUCUGGGCCUAGGAUGACAUUGGCCCUUGAGAUGCUGGAGUUGACUGCACUCUCUCCUUACCUGCAGACUAUGCACAGUGCCUGGGGUGGAAGGAGGAGAGGUGUUGCAGUUUGCCCUACUGCCUCCCCAGCAGGAACAGUAGUCAUAAAUGCACUUUUCACACUAAAGGUUUAUUAGUCUCCUGUUAAGCCUAAAUCCCUCCCUGGUAGAUUACAAACCCAGUCUGUGUGACCCCCGAAGCCAUUCCACUGCAAAUGCCCAGCAGUGAAAAUGGCCUCAGAUUGGGUUCCUGUCUGCAGUGUGUGGCAGCAGCCCAUGUGCCUUUACCUAUUGUCAAACUUGCAUUUAUUUCUGUCUUUAUGACUGUCAUGGGGACCAAGGUUCUUCACAGAGAGUGAGCGAGAGCGCUGAUGACACAGUGGUUUUACACCUACCCCCCUGGACAGGGAGUUUGCACGUACUUGUGAGCUGUGAGUGGUUAGUGUGUUGCUGGUAUUGCUGAAGGCAGGGUUGAUCCCUCACUUGUUGAUACUUGCAUUCAAGAGAAUCUAGAUUGUGUUGGGGAAGAGACGGACUGUACUCAUGACUAACUUGAAGUAUUAAAAUAAGGCUGUCCCCAACAACCUUCCUAGUCACACAGGAUCCCUGUAGCCAAAACAGUAUAUAUUCCAGCUGCAGAGAGCAGACUGCUCUCAGCUUGCACAGCACCUUAGGAGAGGGAAGAAUAUGUGGAUAGGGAAUGGGGUGGAGAAAGAUGGAUGGGAAUGUUGUCAUCCAGGUGGCUUUAGGGUUCUACAGAAUGGAGGAGAAUGGCACUGGGGAGGUCUGGUUGGAUCUGAUUUGUGUAGGAGUUCCCUGUAGAUAAAUUACUGAUCCCCCAACUACUAUCCCCAGUAUGUAAUGGCUGAAUUAAUAUGUAAUCAACUGCAUUGUAUCUAAAGCCUUAGAACUAGUCAGGUGCUCCCCCACCCAACACCAUUUCUUACCCUCUAAUCCUACCUGAUCUUUAACAAAGCAUUAAUAAUUCUAAGGAUAAUCUCUAUUUUGUUGUGCUUUUUUGUAACUGUUUUAAAUAAAUCAAUUUGUACUGUAUAUUUGUACUUUUGUGAAAUCCUUUUUGCUGUUUUACCAUUUUAAGUCUCUGUACUUGGCUACACACAGAUUGUAUUUUUAUUGUUAAUGCUCUUCUUAUGGAUACCUGCAUUUAACUUGUGGACUAUGUAAACACAAUUAUCUAUCAAUAUCUAUAUAUAUCUAUAUAUCUAUCUAUAUAAACUACUAGCUUUUC